GGCAAGCGACGACGUGAUGCCCACUGCCAGCGGGCAGAACGCGGAGUGUAUUGCUCUGGUGUUGGCGCCCCCCGCUUGCGCUCACAGCUCCGCGCCCGGGAUUUGAGCGAUUCGAACUAUUCGAGCCCCAGGACCGAUCGCCCCGGCAGUCAUGUGGAAGCGGGGAAAGCUAGCCUUCCUCCUCCUGCUCCUACAGGUGUCCCUGAUCAUCGUGUACGCGCUGUGCGUGCAGUACGAGGUGGCGGCCGACGCCUCCAACGGCCUCAACAGCAUGUCCGAGGCACUCGGGGGCAACGCGCCCAAGGAUAAUUCCAUCGAGAAGUACUACUCCAUGUUCCAGGACGUGAACGUGAUGCUGUUCGUCGGCUUCGGAUUCUUGAUGACGUUUCUCAAGCGCUACGGCUACGGUGCCUUGGGCUUCACGCUGCUCAUCGCCGCGCUCAGCAUCCAGUGGGCGGCGAUCGUGCGCGGCGUCUGGCACGCCCGAAAAGGUUGGAUCCUCGUCGACGUGCUCAGUCUGGUGGGCGCUGAAUUCGCGGCAGCCAGCGUGCUCAUCUCGUUCGGCGCGGUGCUGGGCAAGACGAGCCCCCUGCAGCUGGUCGUCAUGGCCGCCGUCGAAGUGGUGCUCUUCGCCUGCAACGAGCACUUCGGCGUUGGCGAGCUCAAGGCGGUCGACAUCGGCGGUUCCAUCUUCCUACACAUGUUCGGUGCCUACUUCGGCUUGGCAGUGUCGUUCGUGUUGAACCGGAAGGAGCACUGCGACCACCGCAAAGAGGGCUCCGUCUACCACUCGGACAUAUUCGCCAUGAUCGGGACGCUCUUCCUGUGGGUGUUCUGGCCCAGUUUCAAUGCGGUGGCUGCAUACGGUGAUGCCAGGCACCGCGCGGUGCUCAACACAUUCCUGGCGCUUGUGGCCUGCACCAUCACUUCAUACGCUGUGUCGGCGUUGGUCGACCCAAAGAACCGCUUCACAAUGGUGCACGUGCAGAACUGCACGCUAGCCGGCGGUGUCGCGGUGGGCGCCACGGCUGACAUGAUGCUGCACCCUUACGGCGCGCUCAUCCUGGGUUCCCUGGCCGGGGCACUGUCCGUCUUCGGCUUCAAGUUCGUAACGCCGCUAUUGUCCCGAAAGCUGAGGAUCCAUGACACUUGCGGCGUGAACAACCUGCACGGCAUGCCCGGAAUUCUGGCAGGAAUCACCAGUGCCGUCAUCGCCGCCAGCGCCACCGAGGAUGAGUACAACUACAGCCUGUACACGCUGUACCCGGCACGGGCACCCCCAGAGAACUCGACCGAGCUGAGCCAGGUGCUUUACUACACGGUCGAGGUGGUGGCGGGAGAAGGGCGCACGGCGGGAACACAGGCGCUCUACCAGCUGGCCGCCAUGGCGUCCACGCUCGCUAUCGCCGUUGUCGGAGGCCUGCUCACAGGGUUGGUGAUGCGGCUUCCGCUGCUGGACCCUCCUAAGGAGGACGAGCUUUUCGACGACUGUCCGUCGUGGGAAGUGGAGGCCGACACUGUCGGCGCCGAUGAGGCCGCCUCCAGACCGCCUACCAAGGGAAACCAGAUCGCCAUGGUCGAACAGCAACCG